CUGAGGUGUCAAUUCAACCACUGCCAUUGGCCGGGAGCCGCUGGGCUCUUCCCCUCACGGUCCCCGCAGCUCUGCACCCACUCGGAGCGCAAACCGGCCCUGCUGUGGAAGGGCCUCGAGUGUCCUAAGGGGAGCGGCAGAUGCUCUGCCUUUGGGUGACAGUGCCUGUCCAUCCGUCGUCACGGGAAGCCAGUUGGUGGUGCGGUGCCGCUGUGUACCCCCACUUGUUGCGUGCUGUCGCGUUUGCACAACUUUAUUGGAAGAUGAACACGUAAGAAAAUAUCUAUAUGCGGCACGGAGACGGUUUCCCAACCCAGUGAGACACAGGCUACAAGCUUUCAAAGACUACCUUCUGCACCUGGGAAUUGUGUCUGUCCUUUCCCCCAGACUUGGCUCAGUGCCUGUGUGACACAAGCCUUGAUGGCCCAAAAGAGGAGGAGGUAGUCUUGAUGGUUUGAGCUUCGAUGAAGCUAUAGAGAUAGGGUAGGAACUCUUCAUUGUCCCUGGAGGGGAACAGGAAAGAAUAAAGGAUGGAGACAGUUAUCUGGAUGUUUCUGGUGGGGAAGUGAAAGAGUUCCUGUUCCUUUCUCAUAUUUUCUACCUGCCAUCAGGUGGAGUCUAGUUACAUGCAGAAGGAUGGCAGGUGUUUUUAAAUGCUAAGGAUAACCUGAGAGAGCUGAUGUUGUGAAAUAUUCAAGGUUAGAUUCAGCUGAGAGACUGCUUUAUCAGCAAGACAAUUUCCCUACCACCAUAGCCAGCCUCAUACAGCCUUCAUCCAAAGAUGCCGCGAAACCUUUCCUAUAAUGGCCUUUAUCUGAUUUUUUUUUUUGUCUUUUUGUGGUUUUUAUCGGUACCAGGGAUUGAACUCAGGACUGCCGCAGGCGCUUAUGCCGCUGAGCUAAACCCCCAGCCCCCCACCUUUUUUUUGGCCUUUAUCUGAUCUUAAGUAUGUCCUAUUCAGGAAAUCCCCCUUUCUCAGCUUAAUCAUAAUGAAAUAGAAUUCCAAGAAAUUUAGAGGCAAAAAAUUUGUUGAAGCAUUUCACACACAUUCACUAUCAAAUGUGCUGCCAAACUACAUUUACUUACAGGUAUCUCCACAACUUUCCUCCCUCCGACUGUGUAAAAAGCUCUUACAAAGCCCCAGAUUUCCAUUGGUGAGUGGCAGAGUUUGCUUAAGACCUUAUAACAGAUCUGUUGUCAUCUCUUCUAGGCUCCAUUUUGAUCAAUUCUAAACAGUUUAUUACUUGAUGCCAAAAUUAUGUGCUUCUCAGCUUCACAUAAGUCAAUCAUGUAUCUCUACACUGUUACCUAGCAAUCCCACAUCUGGUAUAUAUCCAAGAGAAACAAAAGCAUAUAUCCUCAAAAAUACUUAUACAGAAAUGCUCAUAGAAACUUUAUAUAGUCACCAAAAAGCUGCCCACAUCCUAGGUGUCCAUCAGUGGGAAAGUAGGUUAAAAAAAAUUAGUGUAUUCAUUCUGUGAAAUACUACUUAAAGAAAAAAAUAACAUGAAUGAAUCUCGGAAAUGUGUGCUGAAUCCUUAGCCUUAAAGUUGGAAUCCUGGAAUUUACUUGAUUUUUACAAGGUUUGUAUAUGAUUCUUGUACAGGCUGCCUUUCCAUGCAGACUCAUCAGAACUAUACAUACUUGCAAUUACUCUGGAACUAGUUGUCAGAGUCAAAUGAGGUAAAUGACUGACACUUUUGAUGUGAUUUUUCUUACUCCCAGUUCCUGAACUAUUCUGAUAUAUGUUAUCACCAUCUCCCUAGCACUCCUCAGAAAAAUUACAAAUUCCUUGAGGUUUAGGACAUACCUGAAUUCACUGAUCCCUCUUAACUGUUUUUAUUUUCUCUGUAGUUUAUUAUUACAUGGUGUAUGUGUUUGGUUGUUUGUACUAGACUGAACUCCAUAAGGAUAGGGACUUUUUUCAGUUUUCAGGAAAAUAAUAUGGCAGCCAUAAAGAUGAAAUGGAUUAGGAAAAGGUUCAUAGCAGAAAGACUAAAAAAGAAGCAAUGAAGAGGUUUUAGAAGCAUAAAUUGUGGCAUACUGAGGAUAAUGAGCAGGGAUGGGAUUAAAUAACAUUUUUGGAAUGUGGGUUUUUCAGGAUUUAGUGAAUUAUUUAUAAAUGGAUAGAGAAGAGAGUGAUGUACAAAGGAAGUAAGGAAUCUGAAUGGCUAUUUCUAUGCUCCUGGGAGACAGGAAACUGCAAGUAGCUGUAGGAACCAAGAAUAACCCCGAUCUGAUAGCAAGAGAACAGGCCCUCUGUUGUACAUACUAUAAUUCUUAAUUCUACCAACAAACCCAUGAGCUUAGGAGAAAGCUAGCGCUACAGAAAGGAUGCCAUGAUUUCAGUCUCGUGAAACUUGAAUUGAGAAGCUAGCUGAGUACAUAAUAGGGCUUCAGACUUACAGAACUAUGAGAGAAUAAACAUAGAGGUUUUUAUUUUUCUAUAAUUUAUUUUUGCAGGAAUAGAAAAUAUUCAAACAGCCCUAUGAAAACCAAGAUUUGAUAUAAUUCUAAUAGGAGCAAACAGUUAUCCAUAACUCCAAAGAUUAACUCAAGCUUAGAAAAGGAAACAGCUAAUCAGAACUUAAUACAGAUGGUUUCCCCACAUUUAUAUAAAUUAAUGGGAUAAUUAAAGAGGUAUUGUUUAUUACUUGACUCAUUUAACUUUCUUCCUUUACGUUUUUCUUCUUUAAAUGAAAUUGAUGCAGCAUAAAAAUGUUCUGCAGUCUCUAUUUCCUCAAUUCUAUGCCCAGCUAUAUCUUAUAAUUUUAUUCUCAUUUUCAAUAGUGUCUAGAGAAAAGCAAAAUUGCUGUAUAUAGGACUAACCAAUUUCAUAGUUUUUCCUCCUAAGUUUAAUAACUUCUGGGUUUCUAACAUAAUUUUAAAAUGGCUACAUACGUAAUAACCCAGGACCAGAUAUUAAAACUUUUUAUUAGUGAUUACAAAGUGGCCAAGCACUUUGACAACUUGUGGUUAUAAUUAAGAGAUAUCUAUGCUCCUCUGUCUUGCUUACUCUGCCCAAGUCUGAUGCAUGAUAAAUCGCUGCUUCCUAAUUCAUUCCUAUGUCUGAAAAUAAUUCUAACCAGGAAGUACUGAACAACCCAUUUAAGUUACAGUGUAUGUAUACUCACUCGGGGAGCAAAUGGGGAACAAAAGAUGGGUGGCAGGGUUGGUAAUGUGAAGGUCUUCUGGUCUCUGCCUGUGACUCAGCCCUGAUCCUGUAUGUUAAGAGUGCUGGAGUUACUCCUGGAUUACAGAACUUUUUCCUCAUUUACCAAGUGAUGAGUCUUUCAUCUUUAUUAGUACUUAGAGAAUGGUUGUUACAUUAGGUAUACAAAGGAAAAAGAGAACUGUUUAUUCCUUAGUUGUUUUUCCUCACAAAAAUAGAAAACUAGAGUCACACCCACGUGUGAAAGCAAUGGAAGAAGUGACCUCAGAAUCCGUUCUCUGUAAACUAUAAAUUCCCCUAGCUGUCUGGAAAGACACUUUAUUGUGAUAUCACCAGUGUUGAGUAGCCUUGGUUUUCAGUUCUGUUCUGUCUUCUUUUCACUGAUACAUUAUUGGAUGUUUCUCAUUUUUAAUUCAGUUUGUUCUGUGUUACUCAGCCACCCUUAACAGUAUGUUACAUACAAUAGAUCAAGCUCACUUGGGAUCCAUUGUUACUCACUAAUUAUACAUUAAGACCUGGGGUUUUAAAGCAUAACUAUGGAUAAUUCAAUUGUUAAAGUAGAUGGAUAUGCCGUCCCCUUAAAUUUGUUCAGCAAUAUCUGUUACUGAACUGCGUCCUGUAUCCCCAGUUGAAAAUUGAGAAUGAGAAAGAUAGGAAUGGGAAGGUCUUUUCCUCCCUUCUGGGGAACUUAUUUUGAAAGGGUAAAAAUCAUUGUUGUGGCUAAUAUAUUGGCUUUUUAUAACUUCUUUUUCUUUCACAGCUGCCUUAUAUCUUCAUUUCAAUCAUGUUUGGAAGUGUGUGUAUUAAAGAAGAGUAUGGGGAAUCAGGAUUUCUUCCAGUUCUUUUGCCAAUAAUUUUCUCUUUAGUCAAUAUAUAUUUCCUGCUAUCAUCUUCAACAUUUUUUAAAAAGCAGAAUACAUUUAUUGAGAAAAAGCUUCUGUCUCAGAGACAGAAGGGGUCCCCAGUGGAUUGUGCCCCCCCCCCGCCUUUUUUUUUUUUUUUUGGUACCAGGGAUCCAACUCACAACCUUCUGUUUGCAGGUAGCCACUGUGCCAAUGAGCUAUAUCCCCAGCCAACACUUUUAAAAAUUGGCAUUAACAUUAAUGAAUUUUUGUUGUUUUUCUUUUGGUUUGGUUUUUUGUUUGUUUGUUUCUGUUUGAGACAGGAUCUUGCCAUGCAGUUCAUCAGGCUGGCCUUGAACUUACCCCCAAAUUGGCCUUGAACUGACAAGGAUCCUCCUGUCUCAGCCUCCCAAGUGCUGAGGUUACAAGAGUGAACCACCUUGUAAACACCUGACUAACAUUAAAGAAUUUUAUUUUUUAAAUUUAAUUUUAAAGGGAAUAAAACAGCAGCUAAACAAAUCAAAACAGUGAUAACACAGCAGGAAAUCUAUAAUACUUAAUAUAUUACCUAUUAUUGUUCUCUAAAUAGUUGCUCAGCUUUAGGCUUGCAAAGUCAAACAACACAGUUCCUGCAAAUCAGCUGGUUGCUCAUAGUGGAAGGAGGAGGGAGGGGUCUGUUCUCUCCCCAGCCCCUGCAGUGGCUAGCUGCAGGUGGGGCUUAACUUCCUUGUUCUCCCUGAUCUGCACUCCAGUGGGCUCACAGAGUGGGGCUUAGCUUCCUUCCUCCAUUAUUCUAAUACAUCUUACUGCACUACAAAUCAAAGGUGUCCACUGUUGGCUUACUAAUUGGUAACAAGACUGUAGAUAGUGGCAACUCCUGUUUUCAUGGUCUAUGGGUCUAAAGGAACAUUAUUUCUAAAAUAACAUCAUUGUAUCCCAUGUCAGCUAUAAAAAGAUCUAUAAUAUUCUUCCUAUCACCUAUACUGCAGGUUCUUAUAAAUAAAAAAAGAGGAAAAAAAAACUUACUUUGACGUUAUUAAGGGACUAAAGUAUGUUGGGAACCACUGAAAAAUUUUGUGGGGUACUUAAAUCAUUGAAAAGGAACAAGGAUCCAUAAAGAAUGCAAAAGAAAAUUUGUUGUUUCUAAAAGAAUUGAAUUCUAGGGACAUUAACCCUAAAAGCUGCUUUAAGUUGUAUUGCCUAUUCGAUCCUUUUUCGUCUAUUUUUUUUUAGACAAUCAGCCUUCUGUCACCCCUGAAAUGUCUCUUUUCUUGUGUUUAUAUUUCUGGCAUUUGGUAAUAGUUGAGGAUUUUUCAGAGGUGGCUUGAUCUAGUGUGUGACAUUGGAAUUGAUUCACGGUGCAGUGCUAUCUCAAUGGCACUAGGAUUUAAGAUGUCAGUGCUACCUGCCCUAAGUAGCCUGGGUAAGAUAAAAGGGCAGAAAUACACUGCUAAGGUCUCUUGUUAAUGUCUUCUGCUUGCCAUGAACUGGUUCUCCUCUGCAUUGCUCCUCUGUGGAGCCACCCCACCUUGGAGCCAGCCAGUUAUGGGCUGAAAUUUCCACAAACUGCGCUAAAUAAAACUUCCUUCUUUAACAUUGUCAAGUAAUUUAUGCGAACAACUAGUGAAAAGUAACUAAGACACGGCAUAAUAUAACUUUCUGAGUGUAUAAGAGAUGUUUUUUUUAUUUCUAGCUAGCUAGCUCAGUGACAAUACUUUCCUAGUGUGCAGAAGACUCCAGGACCAAGCCUCAGUCCAAAAAAACCAUUUUGUUUUUAUCUUCAUUGAGUGUAUGUAUAAAAACUCAUGGAUUUUGAAUUAUAUAAAUUAUACCUUAAUAAUCCUGACCUGAAAGAUAUAUAACAUAUGACAAUAGUUUUUAUCUAACCUAGACUUUUCAAACUCUCAAUGUCAUGGGAAAAGUAAAGUAGGGUGUCUGAACUACAUCUAAGGAAACUGCAGAAAUUACACAGCCAGAGGAAAUGAAUGAGCUUGAAAUGUACUGUGGUCUGAAAUACUUCAAGAAAACAACUAAUAAAGUAGUGUUUGUACCAUUGGGAGUAUUUCUGUGUGAACUAAAUGGUUGAAUAUGGACUAAUGUUACAUAAUUAGGGUGAAUUUUGGAACAUUAAAUGGAUGAUAUGCUUACGCAGAACAAUAUCUUAUUAGGAGAUGCAUACUGAAGUAUUUAAAACAAAAAAAUUUUUAGAGCUUAAUUUCAAAUGAUAUUUGAAACAAUUUACAUGUCUGCCAUGGUGGCCCAUGCCUGUAAUCUCAGCUCCAGGGAGAUUGAGGCAAGAGGAUCCUUGCAAGUUCAAGGGCUACAACCUGGGCUACAAAGUGAGCUCAAGGCAAGGCUGAACUGCAUAGCAAGACUCUUGUCUCAAAAGGAGAAAAACAAACUUGCAGAAGAAACAUGAUCAUUUCUGAAGUAGUUGAAGAAUUUGUAAGCACACAUUACAUUCUCUGGACAAUUUUUUUAAAUUUAGUUUAAUGCUUUGAUUUGAAAAAAAUCAGGCGGCAGGUCCAAGGCGCACGCCAGCGACAGGCUACAGGUCGCGGUGUGUGCUGGCGACAGGCGGCUGGGCCCCAGCGCACGUGGGCGACAGGGGGCAGUCUUCCAGCCUGCACUGGUGACAGGCGGCAGGCAGCUGGCGCGCACCGACGACAACAAAGUAGGCUGACGGCACGCGCUGGCGACAGGCCGCAUGCUGCGGGUGCACGCUGGCGACAGCCCGGCUGGAUGCCAGCUCGUGCCAGCGAUAGUCCGCAGGCCGACGGCAUGUGCGGUGACGGGCCGCAGACCGCCGGUGGGUGCUGGCGACAGACAGCAUGCCUCCUGGUUCACUGGCUUGCCUUGGCGACAGUGGCAGGGCGGCCGAGCGAGGCACCGACAGAAUGAGGGCCGCCGGCCGCUGCAGCGAGUCGCGAAGGCUUCCGGCACGUGUAGGCAACAGGCCUCGGGCGGUGGGGCGGGCAGAGACAGCAGGCAGGCCGCAGGUCUGUCGGCAGAGCAAGCCUGUGUCGUGUUCCUGUCGCCGGCACUCACUCCUGUGGCCAGCGGCCUGUGGCCGGCACGCGCCACCUCAUGCUUAUGAAUUGUCUCCACUGCAAUAUACUAAGACUAUAAGAAAAGGAACACAUUUAUGGGAUAAAUAAUAUAUGACAUACCUAGGUUUAUUACAUGAUUUCAUUAUGUAAUUCCUUCUGAUUAAUAAUGGGAAAAUCCCCACUAUUACGCUGAUUUACUAGAAUGAAUACAAUUUAGAUUAUUUAAAUAUUGCAAAAUAUGCAUAUAUUACAAAUUAUAGAAUAAUAAGUAAUCUAAAAUAUAAUAUGUUACAAAUCAAUUGAUUAAAAAUGAGCAUUACAUUAUUUAUUUAAGAAAAAUCCAAACAUACAGGAAGGAAAUGUGCAUGUGUAUAAUCUUUUGGCAUAAUAAUUUCAAAAAAGGAAAAAGAAAAAUAUAUUAUGGAAAAAAUAUUGUUUUCAAUAAAUAUGUUUUCUCACAUUGCUUUAAAGGCGAGAACACUGAAAAUCUGCUCACAUCAAUUUUCAUGUGUAUAAUAUACCAUCAUUCACUGUACUCAGCAUGGUGCACCAAAGAUCUCUUGAACUUACUCCUGAUUCUUUUUAAAAACAUUUUAAAUCACCAAUUGUCAGUACCAGAGCUGGGGUCAGCACCAGGGGGGUCAGCAGGAGGGGCGUCACCACCAGGGGGGCGUCAGCACCAGGUGGGGGUCAGCACGGAGUGGUGGGGGGCAGAGGGGGGUGAGUCAGCCCCGUGAAGGUGAGAAGCAGGAGGUGGUCAUCACCAUGAGGGAAUCAGCAACAGGUGGAGAGUGGGGAGGUUCAGCACGGGGCUGGGGAAGAGGGGAAUCAGCAUCAUGAAGUUGAUAAGCAGGAGGGUGGUCACCUGGAGGUGGGUCAACAGGAAGGGGGUCAGCAAAAGGGGGGGUUAGUACCAGGUGGAGGGUCAGCAGGACAGGGGUCAGCACCAGGGGAAGAGUACACUGGGAAGGCAUUCAGCUCAUGCCUUGUGGCACACCAAAGCUUCCUGGCUUCUUGGUGUCUCUGGGUGGGACCCCACCAUGUUCUGCAAAAAAUACUAAAGAUGCACAACUUGGUGUAUUUUACUAAGCAGGCCUUCAGUUCACAGUACUCAACACAUGGCGGCUCCCAGUUAUCUGGAUGUCACUGUAUGGGGCCCAAGCAAGACCUGAAUGAUCUACGUAUUUGGAAAUUGCUUUUUCUCUCAUUUCAUGGUGUCUUCUGAUGAAUGAAUGUUCUUAAUUGUAAUUAGAUUACAUGCUACAUUAGUCUGUUGAUAUUUUAAUUAGUGUUAUUUUGUAUCUUGAUUAAAAGUCCUUCCUGACUUCCAGAUCAUGAAAAUAUACUCCUGUAUUACCUUCUAACGGUUUUAUAGAUUGCCUAAAUAUUUUUAUGUAGUUAUUACUGUUCUGAUAAAGCUCUCUGGACACCUAAGCCAAACUCUAAGGCAAGAGUUAUACUGAGGGAAAAAUAUUUUUUUCAAAUCAAAGCAUUAAACCUUUAUUAUAUAUCAAAUUUAUGGAAAUGUCUAUUUUGCUCUAUGUUAAUGCUAUACUAUUUUAUUAAUUGUAAUUAUCUGCAUUAUUUGCUUUUUUCAAGUAUUCAGAAUUCAGUUCAUUAAAGUCUCAAAAUGAUUAGAAUUAUUUUGUCAGUGUCUUAUUCGGACUUGGAUUAGUGCUAAAUUGAAUUGAUAAAUUAAUUUGUAGAAAUAAGCAUAAUUUGAAUAGGACUAUUUCUUUGAGGAAUGUGAUAUGUUUCUACAUUUACUCAAAUUCACUUUUGUAUGUCCCUUAGUAAUAUACUUUCCAAGACAUUUUUCAUUCUUUAUAUCUAGUUAAUUGAGUGUUUGUUACUGUAAUUGACUUUUUUCUAUUAUGUCUUUGAGUUAGUAAUUCCAAGUAUGUAUGUAGAAAUGUAAUGUUUAUUGUAUAAUUAUUUUAUUACAAGCCAGUUUAAUUAAUUUGUUUUUUGAGUGUUUUGUUUUGUUUUUGUCUUUUUGAGGCAGGGUUUCACUAUGCAUUUCAGGCUGGCCUUGAACUUACUUUGUAGCUAGACUUGAACUUGCAGCGAUCCUCCUGCCUCUUGCCUCAGUCUCUGGAGUACUGGGAUAGGCAUGCACCACCAAGAUGAGCUUGGCUGUUAGUUUGAAUGAAACUUUACUUAGGCAGCAAAUCAUCUAGCCUUCAGUUAAAUGGUUAUCUAAUUUAAUUCUUUUCCAAUAUAAGUAAAUUUUCUUUAUGUAUGUAUCUUAUUUGUAUAAAAUUACCAAAACAAUAUCAAGUAAUAGCAACGAAGCACCAAAAUUAGAACGUACCUGAAAUUUUUAAAAGUUAGUAGUUCUGGAUUGAGAUGAUAGCUCAAUGGUGGAGUGCUUGCCUAGCAAGGUCCUGGGUUCAAUCCCAGCUAACAAUAAUAAUAACUCUGGUGCUUCCUAAAUUGAAUAUGAUUUUGGAUGUUUGAGAUAUCUUUAUCUUACAUUUCUGUUUUCUUUAUUUUGAAAACCAACUGUGGGAAUUGGAUACAAUGUUAUGGUGAGAUUGGCACUUACCGUAUUGUAUUACUUUAAUAUGAAACUCCAAUCUUUUUUAAUUAUUUAGAUUUUUAUAUUCAUAUUUGUUACUUAAAUUGGUUUGUAUUUUUAAGUAGUUUUUCACUUAAAAAUAAGAUUUCUCAUUUUGAUUUAUAGGCUGGAGGAGUUUUUAUCCUUUUUCAAACAUUAAUCAUUGUUAAAAGAAAAACAAAAAAACAGCCUUCUAAGCAAUCCAAGUAAACUAAAUCUCUCCUGAGGAAAGUCAUAAUUUAUUUAUUUUGUCUUUUUUGAGGCAGGGGUUUCACUAUAUGGUUCAGGCUGGACUUGAACUCACCUUGUAGCCCAGGCUGGCCUUGAACUCACAACAAACCUCCUACCUCAGCCUCCCGAGUAUUGGGAUUGCAGGCAUGUGCCACUAUGCCCAGUGAAAUGUAUAUUUUCAUAUAGCUAGUGGCACAUGAACAUAUUUUAAAGACUGACAAAAAGUAGAGGACAUAAAUAUAAUGAGUUAAUAGCAUUCAUAUUUAAAAGAUUUCUAGAAAUUAAUAAAAUCUAAUAGAAAUAUGAAUUUAAAGCAAGACAUAAAAUCAUUAGCAAAAACAUGAAAAUUUGUUAACCUUUACUGUUUGUGAGUAUAUUAGUUGGUUUUCUGAUACCAGGAAAAAACAAAUCUGAGACUAGGAAGUACAUAAAAUAAAGGAGAUUUUAGCUCACAGGUUUGGAAGCUGAAAGACCAUGAUGUGGUGUGCAUUAUUUAGCCUGCAACAAGGUCUCCUUUGGCUUCCUCACAGCAUAGGAGAAAAUCAGAAAAAGAAAUGAGCACAUUAAAAAAAAGAACAACAAAAAAAAACUAGGCACGUGAUGUGAUAACAGCCUUGUCUCCCAAGAGCUAACUCAUUUUGUGAGAGGAGCAGUAAUCCCUUCAAAGACAGCAGGUACAUGACCUAAUUACUUUGCAUAUGAAUCUCUGGGGAACACAGAAAAACCAUAAUCAAUAGUAUUGAGGAAAAUGCACAUUACCACAAUAAUGGAAUUCUGUUUUCACCCAAUACAUUGCCAGAUUUAAAAGAUUCAUAUAAUUAAAUGUUCCUGAGCAUGUGGAAACUGAUACACCUUGAUAAGUAAUAAUUUCCUAUUAAAUAAUUAAUAUUUACUUAACUUUUUUUUUUAUCGGUACCAGGGAUUGAACUCGCGACCACUUGCUUGCAAGGCAGGUGCUUAUGCCACUAAGCUAAAUCCCCAGCCCCAAUAAUUAAUAUUUAAUAAUUAACUAUUAAAGUUAAAAAUGUUAUCUUUUUCUCCAGAAUCUAUCCAGAGAUAGUAGCAAAAGAUACAAAUUAUAUAAAUGCAAUGAUACCACUGAAACAUUUUUCUUGUUUUGCUUUUGCUAUAGCAAUAGAUUGAAACAAUAAAUGAAUAUUAGUUGGAGAAUGAUUGAAUAAAUCAUGAACCACAAAAACUGAACAACCUUUAAAAUAAAAGAAGUCAAUCUUACAUUCUGACUACAGAUACUUCUAGAAAAUAGUUAUGCAUGAAAGAAAAUUGUAGGCAAAUAUGCUACUAGGUUUUUAAAUGUGUAAUACAUACGUAAUUAUGUAUAAACUCUGGAAAAUAGGAUGUUGAUAUACUUUAUAUCCUUAACAGCAAUUUACACUGAUAAAUGAGGCAGAGGAACAGAAACCAGAGAAAUUCAUUCUCAGUGAAAAAUUCAUUUAGUAUGUUGUAUGUAAUACUUUAUAUUACUUCAAAAUGCUACAAGGCUUUUGAAUGAUCUUUACUUUGGCAGAAGACCGAAUGUAGGUGUUAAGAAGCUCAUCAAAAGCCUAUUAUUUUUGGAGCCUUAGUCUCAUAUCUAUACAAUGAAACUAAAAUUCUUUCCAAAAGACGUUUGACUCUUUUUAUAAUUAAAUCCUCCUUAAGUAAAUGAAAACCUACUACAUUUUCACAACAGUGAACUUUUACAUUUCAAGGCAAAUGGCAUCAUUGGAAAAGUAUGAGUAAUCCAUGUACCCAUAUAGGCAGUUUCCAGUACAGAAACAGCAUGUGAUUAUUAAUUGGGAUACGUCAUCUUGACUUAAGUAAGAACCUCCUAGUGGAUUAGUAAAGCUCUGGGUAUGUCUGUGGGUGGUUGACAGGCAGGCCAUGAACUGAAGCUUAUAACCUGAACAGAAUAAAAAGAAAAAGAAGGAAAUCGUCCAUUUUCUUUGGGGAAGUGCUGUUCUUUCCCACUGCCUUUGGACACUGGUUUCCAGUUACUGCUGGCUUCUAACACGGAUUCAAGUUUUCUAACAGACUCACACUGGUGACUGCCGCAAGUUUUGAGGCAUUUGACCUUGACUGCUACUGGAACUCUGACUCUCCACUCUGCAGAUAGCCAGUGUGAAUUCUUUGGUCUUUGAUCUGGCAGAGCCAUUAGGAUUCUUCUGAUUCUGAUGCUGUAAGCCUACCUCUUAAAUAUCUUAUAUGAUCAUACAUAUGUUUUAUAUCAAAUCUGUUCCUGAACAUUAAUAUACCAAGUGAUUAAAAAGUCAUUUGCAAGUUGCUACUAAACUUGGUGGUGAUUAGGAAAUAGGAGAGCAAUUUGCUUCUAUUUGAAAAAUCUGAGGAAAUAUUACUAACUUUUUUCUAUAAUCUCUGAAUUUGCUUGAAACAUACAACAUGUUUUCCCAUAGCAACACUGUUAAACAUGUCUGUAAAUUCUGAAACCAAACUGGAAAAGUUUGUUCAACUUAAGUGUGACUAAGCUAUAGUACUAAUAGUAUAUUUGUUAAAUAUAAAUAUUGAGUAAGAUUGAAUAAAUGGAUACAUCAAUAGAAAGGGACAGAAAGUUCACUGGAUUGUGUGCUCUGGGAGGAGAGAACUGAUCUUAUUCAUGGUUGUAUCCCCAACACACUGCCAAAUGGCUAGUUCUCGGUAAAGGUUGAAUGAAUUAUUAAAGAGCUAUCCUCAUUGGGUAUGGAAAUAGACUUCUACAAUAAUUUAUGCAUGUUUUAACCCACUAUGAAAGCACAACCUUUUCAAAAAGAUACAAUUAUUUUGUAAAGUAAAAGAUGUAUAAAGAAUAUUUUUAUUCAGUUACUGAUAGGAGAAAGGAUAGGUAGCUAAUCCAAGGAAAUUCCAAAGACAAGGUAGAAACAGAGUCACUCAGGAGUGUGACAUGAACUUAAUAGAUGCAAAAUGGUUGAAUUCCAUAGGGAAAUAAUCAAUUGUGUCUUCACCAGCAAAAAAAUAAUUGGCAUUACUAGAUGUUUACUUCAACUAAAUAAAGUAGUAAAAUAGCUCAAAAGCAACAAAAGGAACUAAUAAUAAGGAACAGUGAUUUAAAGAACACCUAGCAUUUCAUGGAAAAACAAUACUUUUUUGUAAUCUCAAAGUUUUUUAUAAUUUUUCCUAAUUUCCUGUCCUUGUGAUGAUAACUUCAAAGGUUGUGCUUCUUUAAGCACAAAAAGGCUAGCUAUAUAUAACUUUCUUUCUGAUUAUUUACAUUAGUGAAGCAAGGGCAUGAAUCAAAUUGCAGCCUGUUUUACUCAAAGUCUGAUUUUUUUAUCUCCUCAAAGCUAAGAAUAGGCUUUGCAUUUUAAUAGUUAAAAACAUGAAAAGGUGAAUAAUUUUCUUUCUUUUUUUUUUUUAUCGAUAUCCGGGAUUGAACUCACGAUCGCCUGCUUGCAAGGCAGGUGCUUAUGCCGCUGAGCUAAAUCCCCAGCCCCAAGUUGAAUAAUUUUCAACACAUGAAAAUAAUAUGAAGUUCACACUUCAGUCUUAUUGAAUGUUUAUUAGGCACUGCCACAUUUAUUUAUUUACGUAGUUUAUGGCUGCUUCCUUUCUACAAUGGAAAAGUCACAGAGAUAGUAUGGUUUACAAAACAAGGCCACGACUAGAGUGAAACUCUUAUAAACCUAUCAUAAAUUUAAAAAAUUAUAAGUCAAAAGUGCAUUUAAUACACCUAACCUACUGAAUAUCAUAGCUUACCCAAUCUGUCUUCCUUAAACAUGCGUAGAGCACAUGCACAACCUACAAUGGGACAAAAUAAUUUAACACAAUGCCUAUUUUAUAAUAAAGUCUUAGAUGGCUCAUAUAACCUAUUGAUCAAAAUUGAAAACACAGAUUUUACUAAAUGUGUGUUGUAUUCACAACAUAAUAAAGUGGAAAAAAAUCAUAAGUGAAUCAUCACACAUGGGACCAUGUGUAUAUUUUAAAACCAUAAGAAGAUAAGAACAAAAUCAGUUAAACAGACAAGAUCAGUAUUACUGAUUAUUUUCCUUGACAGAGACAGAGCUCAGAACAUGCUAACCUAAAAUGUAGCCCCUUGGAAUACUGUAUAUUUUAAUCUGAAGGAAUUUGAGAAGAAGGCAGAAACAGCAGGCCACUCCAAUCUUCUCCAGAGCCUUCGUCCCAAAAUUAGAUCAUAAGACUUUGUACAAGAAGUGCCUUUGUAUGUAGAAGAAACAGGCACCCUCAACUUGAAAGGCACACACCAAGAAUCUGAACAAAAACACUUUGCUAGACUUCCUCUAAUUUAUUGUCAAGAGGUCGGUCAUCGUCUUUGCCCUACCCUGUCUCUAUGAAUGUCCACUAUUCAUCAAACCUGUUACAAUAAAACAACUCAAGAAUUACCGUCUUUGAGCCUUUAUUAUGAUGCCUUCCCUGUGAAUACAUUUACUGCUUUUCUCUUGUUAAUCAAAAAAACAUACAUUAAAUAAAUUUAAUGUUUUUCUCUUGUUUAUCUGUCUUUCCUUAUAGGGCCUCAGCCAUGAACCUAGAAAGAGUAAAAGGAAAGAUAUUUUUCCUCCUCUACAGCCUAAGGCUCAUAGUUGGCUUGGCAUGAAACAACUGUAUCUCGUGUGCUUCACUUUGGUCCUGGCCCUGUUGCAAAGCUUAAAAUAUUAGCUUCUUUCAGAAAAGUUUAGGAAGAGAGAUAUAAAAAAACCAUAUAUGCUUCCUUGGCUUUGUUUUUCAAACUUGAGCACUAAGUGGUAGCAUCAUAAAAUAAACUUCUGUUUGGUUCUUUCUCAAAACCUCUAUCCUUGUAUGGAAUUUCUCAUUUAUAAUGUAUUGUUUUCCUUAAACUAUUGAUUUGUUUUUCUAUAGCCUCUUGGAAUUCAUUGAUAUUUUUGUUUGUUUGUUUGUGCAGGGUCUUCUUAUGUAAUCCAGACUGUCCUUGAGCUAUGUACAUCAGAUUGAACUCAUGACAAUCCUGCUUCAGCCUCCCAAUUGCUGGAAUUAUAGGCAUGUUCCACCAGCCCCAGUUAUCAUUGGUAUUUUUAGAAACCACUCUUCUGAAUUCUUUAUCUGAUAUUUCAUAUGACUUAAUACUCUGGAGUCAUUUGCUAUGGAAUUAUGAACUUUUGGAGUCGUAAUUUGCCUUUUUAUUUUCUUGUGUUUAUGUGUUGUAAUUAGCAUAGUGUUGUUUGGAGAUAUCUUCUAUCUUUAUGUGAGGCUGUUUUUAGGAAACAGAUUGUUUUUGAUGAUGUGUUCUUAGAUAUUCAGUUAUUGUGAAUUGUUGAGUGCAUUUCCAAGUGUGUUUCAUAGAAUAGUUUCCCUUGUUGCUUCUUUGGUGGUGAUAAGUAUAUUUUGAUGCAGUACGCACUUUGUUGGAACCUGAGGAUCCUGCUUUCUACUGUAUAAGUGUGAGUGAGGUCUUUCUCUUGGACCUGGAAAUUAUAGUUACUAGAGUAUAUAUGCCAUGCCCUCUGCAAUUACUACUCUAAUCUUGUCAAUAAUGUGCAUUCCAAAAGGAUGUAGGACUGAUAUUUGCUGACUCCUCUCAUAUGUGCAGUUUCUACAACCUUGUUUUCUCUGUCGCCGUAGGUGUUGAGGUCCAUGAUCAGCUCUUCAGACACCUUCUCCCCAACUUCAUAUCCACUUUGAAUCUGGCCAUUGGUUUGGGGGUUUUAUUUCCCUAUUCUCUGAGUUAAGUGUUUGCUGAAGUUUGAAUAGGACUGGGUUGCACAUAGAACCAAGAUGUGCUGCUUUUGACCUGUGCUUAGAGAGUAGCUCAUGAGGAGCAUGUUUAUUCAAAGUACUUAAAACUGUUAUGCUUGAUCUCUAGCACCAUGUAGAAAGAGUGAAAUGAUUAGCAGUAACAACAACAAAUAGCAGUGAACCAGAUACAGCAAGGAAAAAAUCCAAGUUCCAGUUGUGACAUCCUAACAGCAUCUAUAGGAAUGGUGUUAUAGUCAGGGUUGUACAGAGAUAAAUAAGAAUCAGGACAUGGAGUUUAUAAUAUUAUUUUUUAUAAUGGUCACCAGGAAUUAACACAAGAAAAUGCAGGAAAUCUAUCCACAACACCAAAGACAAACAAUAUUUAGCCAAGAGCCUGAAUCCCACAGCAAUGUCCCACAUGAGUCCAGAUGAAGACCCAAAGAUCAUGACAAUGCCUUCCACGAGUCCUAUUGGAGGUCCAGAGCUCACAAGAAGAACUCAUGCCAGUAUCUUACGGAUCCAUGCUGGGAAGGCCCAAAGGUCAGCAGUGGAAGCCAGAAUGUCCAUGCCAGUGGAGUGAAGGAGCUGUGCUGGUGGGACGAGGGUUCUACUCUGCACCCGAGAAGUCACACUCAUAACAAAGAUCAGGGCUGACCUAAAAAGCAUCACAGCCAUCCUCAGUGACAUGGAGGCUCCGAGCUCCUCGGAUGAUAAGCACAGUUGAGUACAUGCAAGGAAGCCAGCAUGACAAGUUUAUCCUGGACACCAAGCAUCACAUGUCUUCCCCUCCAGAGCCAGGAAGCAGUGCUUGAUGUGAGGACCAGAGCUUCUCCAGGAAAGUCAAUGGCUCAAACAGCAACAUGUAGGAGAACCCACAACGCCUCCACACCUCCAGGCCUAGCUUGUCCUUCUCCACGUCUCUAUUUAUGCUGGCAACUUUCCUCAGGUAGAACAUCUACACUCAGCACCAUGCUGAUGUAAUCCAGCUGGCAUUAAGUUGACCACCAGUUCUUAAUCCAUGAUAAAUGGUAAGGGCAGAAAUAAUAUAUUUUAAAUAGCGAUGAAAUUGUUUUUAAUUAAGAGAAGAAAAUGGCAGAAGGAAAGCAAAGAAAAAGAAAUAAAGCCAUUUUUUGUUGAGUCAGGGUCUUGUUAUUUACUUCAGACUGGCCUUGAAUUCACUACAUAACCAAGGCUGGCCUCAAACUUGUGGCAAUCCUCCUGCUAGGACUAUAGGAAUGCACUACCACACCCAGCUAAUGAAAUUUAGAAUUAAGAAUAUUCAAAAAACUAAACAAGAAAUCAGAAGAACGGUGGAAAGUGAAGGCCACCCAGGAGGUCAAGGCAAGAAGACCAUGAGUUCAAGGUCAUUAUAGACAAUCCUAAGAGACCCUGCCUCAAAACAAAAUAAAACAAUAAGCAUCAGCUUGCUAACUCAGUUGUGGCCUAGGAUCAAUCAGUCAAUCAAUCAAUCAAUCAAUCUCUCUUUCUCUCUCUAUCUCUAUCUCGCCCCCCCGAAAAAACAACAAAAAUCAAAAAUUUUAAAUAACAAAUAAAUACAAUGAAAGUAAAAGAAUGUUGACUUAACUAUUAGAAGAAAACAGUAAAAGUGCUAAAGGCAUGAAAGUAUAAAAAGAAAAUUUAAUAUGUAUGUGAACUAAUCAGCAAAUUAAUGAAAAUGAAAUAAUCAUCUCCUCUGAGGUGGUCAAACGUGUACAAGAGUGGAUAUUCACUACCUCUGCCAGUCUCUACUGCUUUUCACACCUUAGACUGUGCAUGCCUCAAGGAAAGCAAGGCUGAAGGUUAUUUACACCUUCCUUUUAUACUGUUCACUUUUGUACUGGAGGUGUUUGGGGCUGGAGCUGCCUGGAGAGACUCUUGGGUUCAUUGUUCACCAAAUUCAGGUUCCACAGAACAGGACAUUCUAUGGGCAGGAGUUUGCUUUGAACAGAUUAGUUCAGUGAACAACAAAGGACAGGCUGAUGCCGAGCUAUGUUAUAUGUUUGGGCUUCUAGUUCCCUUUGAGAAGCCAACUCAGAGGGCAAGACAACCAAUUGCUCUAGCUAGAGGAGCACAGCAGGUCCCAUGCAGUCUAUCACCUAAGCUAGGACUUUCCAUGGCCCAGUCUUUGCAUGCAGUCACAUUUGGUUAGCUUCCAGGUCCUUUUCAGCUGCUGCUUAUCAGUCUUAAAGGGCUAGAAAGCUCCACUUCCAUUUAUUAUUCUGACCCCAAUCUGUACUAUAUAUAGAUAUAUAGAUAAAGAUAUAUAUUCCUUAGUGGGCCUGCUUUAGUACCAAUUCACUGGAACCACACUAAGCCACAAGGUAGUGGCUAGCCAUAAGAGUGCAGCAAUAUUGCUGUGAUUACCAUGGGAAAGGAAAAUUUAAGGGUGUUUGCUUCCCAAAGCAGCAAGCUUGCACUUGACCUUCACAAGAUAGUUUCCUGCUUAGUUCUCUGAACCUGUAAUAACUUUCACUAUUUCAGCACUUGAUGGCACCCUAAAUCUAGGUUUGCCUUGAAUCCAUUGUUAAUAGGUUGUCACUCCUUUAGCACUAGGGGCAAUCCUAGCCCAAAGUUUGUUCCAAGUCUGCAACUAGUGUGUUGUUUCCACAUGAACUAGGGGAGGGCCUAAUAAGGGUAGUGCUUUCCUGCAAGCCUUUCUCUGGGGCUGGGGUAUGCCCAAAUGCCUCACACAGUUACUGGCCUAGAGUCAAGUCCUGGGAUUUUGCUCAGCUCAGGUCAGAAUCAGCAUGGAGAGACUAGCCCCAGGCUCCAGGGCCAUGCCUGUGGUCACCAAUACUGAAGGCUGUGUCACACCCUGAACUUACAGUCCACCAAGGCCAGCACAACACCAGAGAGGGACCAAGACCCACACUGCUAUGAGCUGGGUGCUAGUCUCAAGGUAGACUCUAGGACCUUGGCCUUGUCCUAUCCUUGACCUGCCUAGCCCAGUUUUAGGAAGAAUUCUGCUAAGUCAGUUUAGCAAGUAUCCCUCUCACUCUUGACAUUUGAUCAAAUUUCUCAUCCCUCACCUUUGUAGUACAAGUUUUUGGCCUAUCUUUACCAAUUAAGUCAGCUUAGCAAGAAUUUCUCUAUAUUUUAUCUCUCCUUUUAGAAAUUUCCACCUAAUAACCCCUCACGCUGUCUUUUGCUUAUAAAUCCUCAGAUGUCUUUGCAGUACUGCAUUGCCCCUACUACCAUAGUCUUGACCAAAGUCUUUCUUACCAUGUUCACAAGUAUCAGGAUAGCUUUGUUUUAAACAGUCUUAAAUCUUAUAGAGGAGGAAAAGUAGAUAUUUCUAUAUCCAUUCUAGAUUUAUGACUGAAGCCUAUAUAUGAGAAGAUAGAUUUACAAAACAAAAUCAUACAAGAAAUAGAGACCCAGGGCCGGGCAUGUAGAUCAGUGGCAUAAGCACCUGCCUGGCAAACACAAGGUUGUGAGUUCAAUCCUGGUACCCCCCCCAAAAAGGGAGACCCAAAAGAACAAGUAAAUCUGUUUCUCAUAGUAGGUUUGAUAGAGAAUGAGCAGUUAUGAAGAAACAUGGCAGGUGAACAAAGGGGUAUGUUCUAAUGAUAACAAGUUAGGAGAAACAUUGGAGCUGUUUGUUCAGACCCCUUUCUUGUGUUCUUCUUCCUAGAGCAGAUAUUCUCUUUUUCUACUGUUACUCAGUCCAAACUCAGAAACUCCAAAUGCAAAAGGGACUUUAUUUAGAGGCUGUUAGGGAUUAAAGCUCAGGAAACACAAACUCAAAUUGCUUUAAAUCAUUGUUCCAAAGAAGGCAGGGAAAAUGGAAGCUUAUAUUGAACAAAUAACAUUCAUUUGUUUAAUGUGGUACCAGGGAUUGAAUUCCUGGUCUUUGCACUGAGCUACAAUCCCUACCCCACCCCUAUCUCCACUGAUUAUAUAUAUAUAUGGUUUUUUGGUUGUUGUUAUGGGGAUAAAACUCACGACCUAAUGUUGGCCAGGCAGGCACUUACCCUGUUGAGCUAAAUCCCCAGCUCCACUGAUAUUUUUUGACAGUCUCUAUAUGUCACUAAGUUGCCUAGGCUGGGCUUGAACUUGUGAUUCCUCUACCCCAGUCUCCCGGAGCACUGUAAUUAUAGGUUUGUACCACAGUUCCCAGCACAUUAAUUAUAAGGCAGUAAUAAUUAUUUUGCUUUCUGUUGGAAAUCAUUUAAAAUCGUUGCUAUGAGUCAAGGCCUUCAAAAGAAUGUAUAUAUACUCAGCAAAAAUUCCCCAAGUCUGACACCCUGUUGAUACACAUCUCAAGUCUCUGACAUCAUAUAAUCUGUUCUACAUGUUUGUAGUAAGAAUGUAACCAAAGUUAAUAUUCAUGGGCAGCAGCUGAAGUCAUGCCUAAGCUCUGCUGCCUAAUGGCCGUGUGAUCUAUUUUGAAGAGCUCUUUUAGUGUUAUCUUCAUCGCAAUUUUUCAUUUUAUUUCCACAUGAGGAGGGAACCGCUUACAUAUCUACCAGAGUCCUAGGCUAGAAGCUUGAUUUCAAGGAUUCAAAAAAAUCAGUUCUGGCCACCCUGCCCCCACAAAAAUAAGCUAAACUAAAAUAAGUAUAGCUAUACAUACUGGGAAGACAAGGAGACAGGUGUCCUUACGUUGGGGGGGGUUAACAUGAGUAAAGGGUGGGGGAGAAGUAUGCAUAAUUAAAGUCUUGGUCAAAGUGUAGUCUGCUUAAUCACUGUCUCAGGACCAUCAGUAAUAAGAAAUUUGUGUUGCCUAAUGGGUAAUUUUAACUCUCCUCACAAGAUGUUUGUCCUAUCAUAUCUGCUCCUGGAAUCCAAGGUAACUGCAGUGGAGAAUGAUUUGGAAAAAGGACAAGAAAGAAUAAAGGUAGAACUACUAAGGUUUUUAUCCUGCUUUUAGUUACCUGUUGGGCAUUUGCAGGCCUAGGUGAAGUCAAUCCUUUUUAGCAAAACAGCCUAUAAGUCCUUGUUUCAUAAUGGUCUUAUGACAUCAGGUAAAGGCCAGAUAAAUCUAUCCUGCAUCAGUGGACAAGAAUAUGGGGAAAUUGGGAGUGAUUUUAAUUUUUCUGCUGCUUUCUCAAAUGCCACAUUUCCAUAUUUUGGGGCUAGUGUGUAUCAAUCUUCCUAAUCAUUAUUCUUAUUAUUUACUAUGUUCAAACAAUAGAAUUCAUUUCCUGCUCUCAAUUUCCCUUCUCUGUGCCAUUUUUAUGAGGAAGUAUCAGAGGUACUGUGUAUCAAAGCAUAACACACAUUUUUAAGCAUCUCACAAUUAUUUUCCUCAGACAGAAAUUGAUGACCCACUUUGGUUGUGUCAAGAAGGUACUGCCUCCCUUGAAAUUUCUAUCUAAAUAUUCCUAAAAUCUUAUAGGAAAUCAGUUAUAGCUUAGAAAAAUGAAAAAAUACCAGUUUUCUUUUUCUGCAAAUCUAGUAGAAAUCUUGAGGCUGAAUAUAACAAGGCUCGUUCACUUGAUAAUAAUCCUGGGUAAUGGGUUAAUGAGAGGGAAACAAAGAGGAAGCAGAAAAAGGGAGUACUGAGGAAAGGAGUAAGACAAGUAUUUUGGAAAGACAGAAAAAAGAUCAAGUUAGAGCUAUUGAAGGAAACAAAUGUUUUGUGAAGAUUUCACAGAAUGGAGCAGCUGAUUGUUUUUUUAAGGAUGACAAUGAAAAUGACAAUUCACUUUCAUUAAUGACGUGUAUUUAAAUUCUAUGUUGUGGUCUCAGGCUAGACCGAGAAAUGAUUCCCCAUUAUAUGGCUUUGAAGCCUUAUAAAGUUUUCACUCAUUAACUGGAAUGGUUUUAUUCUGGGCUGUUUGAUAUUAUUGUCUGUGAUGAUAUGAACAGCUGUUUGAAGAAAACAAGACAUCAUAAUAGCUAGUGCUGAUUUAUUAUCAUCUUGUUUUGAAGUCCCAUCAAACUGUUAUUCUUCUGUCUCCAUUGCUUUUAUCAUGUGGUAUCUUAUUGGAUUUUAUUAUAUGUGAUAGUAUAAACAAAAUUUUUUAUAGGCAAAGAGAUAAUAUAGAAACCAUCAUUCAUUUUCUGAUAGCUGGUUCCAAAUACCCUGUAAUACUUUCAUCCUCUUGAAUGGUUUCACAUUUUCUUGAUAUGUUUGAUGCUAUAGUAUAUGAAGUUAUACUCAAAUAUUUCAAGGAAAGAGACACUUUGGUAACUACUAUUAAGUUGGGUUAUUUUGUGGUGAAAUGCUAUGUUGCUUAAAUUGUUCUGUUCUGACCUGGAUUGUUACGUUGUUACUUCCUCUUUUAUCUCAAUCUCUCCCUUUUUAAAAAAUGUAUUUUUUAUUAUUAUUAUUUUUUCAAUUAAAGGAAAUUUUUUUUAAAAAUUAGUGGGAUAUAUUAUAGUAACUUUUUUGAUUUCCUAUUAACUCAAUUUGAAGCCCUCUAUUGCUCUCACCAUCUUGUUUUGACUGAUUUUACUCUAUUCUGUUCUGUGUGAUAGUAUCAAUUUUAAGCGUAUAGGCAACUACUUUGAAGGCAAUAAGAUUCACUAUGAUGGCCAUUCUGGUUUGACUACUAUCUUCUCUUGAAGUUCAGUAAUGUCUCCAAUGUUUUGAUUUUAUUGGUUUUGUUCUGUGCUGUUUUAUUAAAUUUUAUUAUACCAGAUGAUAUAGGCAAUUCUUUUUUACGGUAGCAAGAGGCAGUAUGUUAACCAUUGUUGAUUACCCUGUAUUCUGUUUUUACAUUGUGUACUAUGUCCAUCCUUUGUUUUGACUGACUGCUUUGUUUUGUCACAUUUGGUUUUAUUCUCUUCCACAAAAAAUAAAAGUAAUAAGAACUGUGGGAGUAAUAAAACCCAAAAGGUGUAAUUGUUAUUGUAAAAAAUAUAGGAAAAGAAAGUGCUCUAAAGGGCAUAACUUCAAGUGUGUUUAGGUGUGUAAGAUAGAUGACCAUAUUACUAAGUUUUUGUUGGGUCAUUGAAAACAACUGUUUGCAGUCUCGCUGUUUGAAUGUCCAUUUUGUAUGCUUAAUUUUGAAAUUUGAACAACUAUUUCUAAGAUGACAAUAUGUAAUGUAUUAACUAGUGAUUUCUUACUGUUUAUUUUUUAAAAAUUCUGUAUUACUUGUACCCUUUUACUGUUUUGUUUUGUUUUGUUUCUUUAAAUAAAUUUUUUUUAAAAAAUCAAAUUUCAAUCUCUGAAAAAAAAAAAGAAAUUAAUGAAGAAACAAGAUGCUUCCAAGACAAAAAGGAACUUGGGAAAUUUGCAACCACCAGUCCAACUCUACAGAGAAUACUGCAGGGCAUUCUAGAGAGAGAGAAAUGUACUAGGCUUCCAGGAACAGUGGCAGACAGGCUUCAAUGAAUGGAGCAGAAACAGAAUGAAGAAGAUAAGCAGACAACUGAUGGUAAAUAAAAAAGAGCAUAACAGAAAUGAGGCAGAGAAGGUUGGUUAUAAUCUCUAAUAUAGAUGGCCUUGAUACACUAUAUUAAAAAAAAGAACCACACCUGGAGAAGAUCAGGAGGCAGGGUCCACCAAGAUGCUAUUUAUAGGAAGUAUAAUUAACAUGAAAAAGAAUACAUGGACUGAAAAUAAAAUAUGAGAAAGCAAUGCUCUAUGUGACAGAGAACCAGUGAGUAAUAGGGGCAACUAGACCAGUAUUUGUGGAUAGGUUGGAAAGAAAAGAUUUAAUAGGUAAAGGAAUACAAUUAGAGAUCAAGUCCAGGAGAGAGAAGGUUCAGAACCACUUAGGUAGGUAAGCAGGUUGACCCCUGCCAAUUUAAAACUAAGGGUCUUGGUCAGACCCAAAAUGCACAGUGUACCCUGGGGAAGUGAAAGGGGAGGGAGAGUCUUAAAAAGGCAUAAGACAUUGUUAAUAGUGUAUUAGUAUUUAAAACCCACAUUACACGCACCACUCUGCUUAGAUAGAUUUUAUUCAUUUUUUAGUUUAGUUUUGUUUCAUUUUGAUAGAUUUUAUUCUGUCCCAGUUUGUCUACUUGCAGUAGAUUUGAGGGCACAGACAGCUAUCGCCAAAACAUCAGUAUCUAGCACAGUAAUCAUUUUAAAUUUCCUAUUAUCUUAAUGUAGAACCCUGUAUGACUUAUACUGUUUUAUCAUGACUGAUCUUAGUUAAAUCUGGUUUGUUUGAUUGCUGUUUAGUAUCAACAGAUUUUAUUCAAAACUGAUACGAUUGAUAGUACCAAGUGUGAGAAUAUAGGCACCAACACUGAAAAGGAAAAGACUCUACGAUAUACAUUCUGGCUUGAUAACUGCCUGUUUUUGAAGUUUUAUAAUAUAUACAAAGUUGUGUUUUUAUUAAUACUGUUAUGUACUGAUAUAUUGAAUUAUACUAUAUCUGAUGAUAUAGCCAGUUCUAUUGCAGAUAACAAGAGACAACACAGGAACUAUGGUAGAACUCCUUGUACAUGGUCUUAUAUGUCUUUUUUGUUUCAUGUGAUUAUAGGAAUGUUUUGUUUUGUCUUGCUUUGUUUUGUUUCUCCCUCUAAUACAGAAAGGAUAGAAAUACAUUUAGAGACUCUUGUAUGUGUAGAAUCUAUAAACAGUUUAUGAGAACGGACCUUAUGAUACAUGAUGAAAUGAACAGAUACUCUGAAGAAAAAGGGACACUAAAGAACCCAGUGCUGAUGCUGAAGUGUCAUAAUGUGAAACCCAGCAAUAGUAUUAUUCUUUAUUCAGAGUGAUAUUAGCCUGCUUGGGUUUGUUCAAUCUCAACUUAAUUGAAGAUAUGGAUAACUGCAUGUAUGUUUAAGUGUAUAGGAUUGAUAACCAUAUUUCUAAGUUUUUCUUGGAUAGUUGAACAGAACUGCAUGCAGUCUCACUGUUUGAAUUCCCACUUUAGAUGCUCCACUUUAGUAUCUUGAAUAACUAUCUGUAAGAGGACAAUCUGUAAUAAUCAAGUAAUGAUUUCUUACUGUUUGUUUUUUCUUUAAAAGUAUGUAUUAUUUCUACCCAUUUUGUGUUUUGUUUAGUCUUUCUUUAAAUAAAAAAAUUUUUAAAAGACACUACAGUACCCAUUGCUGAUCCCAGAGUGUCAUGAUGUGAAAUCCAGCAAUACUAUUCUUUGUUCAGAAUGACUUUAGCCUGCUUAAUGUCAACAUAAAUGAAGAUAUGGAUAACUGCAUGUAUGUUUAAGUGUAUAGGGUUGACAACCAUGUUACUAAAUUUUGUUGGAUAGUUGAACAGAACAGUUUGCAGUCUCACUGUUUGAUUCCCACUUUAUAUGUUCCACUUUUGUAUCUUGAACAACUAUUAAAUGUAAAAGGACAGUAUGUAAACAUUAACUAGUGAUUUCUUACUGUUUAUUUUUUCUCUGAAUGUAUGUAUUAUUUCUACCCAUUUUGUUUUGUUUAGACUUUCUUUAAACAAAAUUUUAAAAAAGAAAUCCAGAAAUUACAGUGUCCCGGCAUUAAAAAAGAAAACCACCAAACAUAACCCAACCUGGUUAUGGAGGCCAAGUGGUUGAGUUAUCAAAGUUCCCUGUAGGAAAUGUGUACAACUUUCACAACUAGAAAGAAGCCAACACAAAGCGGAUGUAGUAGCCAAGAUUAUAUUACUAAGAUAAACAAAAAAGUAAAGCCCUUCUAAUUUAGUAAUGUCUUUGUGUUUUGUGGUGCUUUAUGUUCUACAAAUUUUCGUGGUUUUGGAACUGGGAAUGGUGACUUGUGAUUCUCAUCCUAGCACUUCAGAGGCUGAGACAGGGGGAGCUCUGUGAGUUUCAGACUGGUUUGAGUUACAUAGCAAUUUCAAGGACAGCCUGAACUGUGUAAUGCAACCUGGUUUCAGAAAAAAAAGCAAACUGAUGAUGAUGAUAAGGGAUUAUUCAGAGAAUAAUGUUCUAAUAGUUUUGUCUGCAUUCCUUUCUGUAGUUUUCUCUUUGGAUUUGGGCAAAAUCCCUAGAACUACUUUAAAGAUAGAGAUCUGGACAGAGAGGUAACUUGCAGAGCAUGCAGAAAAAACUGUACACUGUGGAAAAUGAUGUGUUUCAACAUUGUUACACAUGCAGGAGAGAGAGUGCACACUGAGAAUCAGGUGUAGGGUUUGGGGGAAAGAGGUGGUUGGGAUCAGCCCAAGGCUCACAGCCUUUGGGCCUGGUGGGUGAACAGGAGGUCCUCAUCAGUGGUGAUUUUCUGAGGAGACUGAGGCCUCGUGUAUCAGCAGCUGGAAGGCGGGGGCUCCUGACAUUCCGUGGCCCCCACCUUCCAGUUCUCUGCUGUAACUGCCACUGUUGCCUGGUGUGCCAGGCACAACUGGCUCCCUCGAGUCUGUCUGAGCCACAGACAGGACUUGUUCAGUUCUGAACUUCACUUCAGGACCUGUUUUGUCAAGAAAAGUCACAAAUCUUGUGGGGUGUGUUGAUCAACUCUAUCUCAACAGUGAGUUACUCGGUGUUCUCCUGUCCUUCCACUGGCCUGAGCCAACCUGGUUGAUUUCCCUUGUGUCACUUUACUUUUUUCUCCUUCUCAGUUCAGUUUUUCAGUCAGGGUCUCAGCAUGUAGUUCAGGCUUUCUGUGAAUACCAAAUGUGGCGCAGGCUGGCCUCGAACUCCCAGAUGGCUGUGUGGGGAUUACAGGCCUGCACCGCCAUGCUCAGUUUCUUUGUCUUGGAUUUUAACCCACAUUGUGUUUGGUUUUCUCCACAGUCCUUGUACAGAAGUCCACACUCUCCACGGUUCCAAUGGUGGUACCGCUUAGCCCCGAUCCCGGGGCUGAGGUGAAUGUGGGCCCAUUUCAGAAAGGAUACUUGAUCUGGGAUGGGAGAUCCUGAGGCACAGGUUGAGCUCUGUGAGUCAGGUUUUGUGAGACCCAGAGCAGCUCUCAGCUCCAUGACCAACGAGGGGCAGAAACAUGGCAUUGGGAGGAAACAUGAUGAUGAUUCUGUGCUCCUGGAGAGGCUUCACACAGAGGAGCAGGACACGGCUGCCAAGUUGCCUCUGACUGAGCAGCUGAGGUUGUCCAUGCUCCUCAUUCAGAAGCAAAAACAAGAUCUCUUGGAAUUAGCUCAAAAGCUGAAUGAAAGGAAAAAAGUGUCCCUGCUCCUUAAGGAGCGUCUGGAGGUCCUCCUCAGAAGAGAUCACCCUGAGACCAGCCAAGGCUGUUGCCACCACCAGGGUCAGCCCAAGGGCUGCAGGCUGGCUGAGCAGCUGGGCCACAACCUCAACCCAGAAAAUGAGAAUCACCUGGCAGAUGAGGAUUCCCUAGAACCCAAGAGCACCAGGUUGAUCACUGAAAAUAUCGCAUGUUUCAAGCCAAUAGAGAUAUUCCCGAAAUGGAGGUCCAUCCUGUACUACAUGAGAAAGAGUCUUAGAGAACUGUUGACUGAGGAUGGAGCUAUGAGAUAUGAGGCACAAAGCCACCAGGAAAAGUACUCAGAGUGGCACAGGCUGGCCAGGAGCCUGGCCCUGCAGCUCAGCCCAGAGCACCACUCUGAUGGAGAAGAGGAGAAGACUCAGCCCCUGGUCUCCAGCAUUGAGCUUUGUGAAGAAGAUGACCUGUCAGCAUCAAUGGAGGAGCUGUCCUUCCUGGGUUCUCAGCAACCAUUUCCACCAUCACCAGAAGAAGAUCAGCUGAAUUCCUCUGUCCCUGCGAUUGAGCCUCAAGCAAGAUCUCUGCCUGAUGAAACCACUCCCCUCCUGGCAGCCUGGCCCCAAGAGCUUCCCAGUGGACCACUUCACCACCUUGUGUCCGAGGAGCAUGGUGACCCAUGCAUCCCUGAAAACCACUGUGUGGAGACACAGCUGUGUCAUGGAGUUGGCAAAGCCACCCUGAGCCUUUCCUCUGGCCCCUGGAGAUUUUCAGCCCACACUGAUCCUGGAGAGCAGUGGCUGCUCUCUCCAGAGCCAAAUUCAGAGGCCUCCGUUGGAUUGAGGAACCCACCCGAGAUGGAGCACACUGUUCCCCCAGAGUCAGAAGAUGCCACACACAGGCGUCCAUCUCUCAGUGUCCCUGAGCCUACUGCUGCUCUGAGGCAGACAAUGAUCCUAGGUUCCAGCUGGGGAACAUGGGGCGUAGAUUCCCCACCUCUGAGACUUAUGGUACAGAGGCUUCCUGAGCCCCUGUCCUUCAGCAUGUCUCCCCAGGACCACAGGCGGCCCCUGGUCUCUGUCAGCGCUGAGCAAAACCUCCAGCCCCUGUCCACAGGACCUGACCAAGACUGUCCUUUCAUUUCUCCCUCUCUCACUCAGGUCCCUCCUGCUGCACCCAAGAAAGAUGCUGCUGCUUUAAGAAGACUGGGCGCCAAGGGGACCUCCUGA